AUGGCGAAGCAGAAGCAAGUCGCUCCUGAAGACUCUGACGACGAAUCGCAGGUUCCCAGGCCUCAGCCCGAACAAGAAGAUAGCAGCGAGGAAGAAGAAGCAGCAACUUCAGCUGACGAGGACGAAGAUACAGACGAAGGCGAAGAUGAACGGGAGAAACAUGUGCUAGUUCCCAGGAAGCCUCAACCGCAAAAGGUUUCCAAACCCUCAUCAUCUUCUUCUAAACCCUCUCCAAAGUUGAAGUCUCAACCUUCGGCUUCUGUCAGUCAAACCAAAUCCGGGUCAAAGCGCGCAGCCGAAAAUAGUAUCGACCACUCGAACCAACCAAAAUGUAGGAAGAAGGCACAGGAGGAUCACGCCGUCGGCUCCGUUAAAGAGGAUCCGCAGAAAUCCAAAUCCCUCUUUCAGAGGGUUUUCAGCGAGGAAGAUGAGAUAGGUAUCUUGAAAGGCCUGUCUGAGUUCAUCGCGAAAACAGGGAAGGAACCCUAUAAAUGCGCUGAUGAAUUUUACGAUUUUAUGAAGGGGUCGAAUUUGAUUCGGGCAAAUGUAUCAUGCAUGCAAUUGAAGGAGAAGAUCCGCCGGCUGAAGAAGAAGUUUGAGAACAACCUAGAAAAAGAGAAGAACGGCAAGGGGACAACCUUAAAGCCGCACGAGUUGGAAGCACUUCAGUUGGGAAAGAAUGUUUGGGGCCACAAUGGCCGUGGCGGUGAAGCAGUGCUCAACGAAACUGCGAAAAAGGAUACAGUUAAUAAUGAGAAGUCUGCGAAGAUUAAUCCCAAGAAGGCGCUAGUGCCCCAUUCAAAUGGAAAAGCUGAAGCAAAGUCCAAACUAAAUUCUGAACCUUUGGAUUCAAAUGAAGGUAGAAGGAUGAGUGAAUUUUCUGUGACUAGUUUAGCUUUGACUUCAAUGUUGAAGUACGAUGGGACUUUUGGUAAGCCUUUCAGUGAAGAUUAUAUUAGAAAGGGAAUAGAGUUACUUGGAGUCUCAAAGAGGGAAGACAUCGAGGCUAGAUAG